UCGUCGCUGCUGCCCAUUGCCACAGCUAGCGAUCAUCACCACAUCCAGGUGUCACUCUCUGUCAAGGGAUCCUACACUUCCUGCCAUCGUCUCCACCACCUUCGUCUCCACCGUCAUCUCCAAAUUAAACAACCUAUUGGAUAACGCCCAACCCCCUGCAGCGACGACGAAACCCUAGAUGUAUUCGAGCUCGAUUACAAACUGGUUUGUGGUUGAAAUCAGUAAGGGGAGUAAAGUGAAGUAUGAACUUGACAAAAAAACGGGAAUGAUCAAGGUUGACUGUGUGCUUUACUCAUCAGUUGUUUACCCCCAUAAUUAUGGCUUCAUCCCUCGUACUCUCUGUGAGGACAAGGACCCCAUGGAUGUCUUAGUUAUCAUGCAGGAAUCUCUAUGCGGACUACAUCGUGGAGAGCCUGAGGCGGUAGUUUGUUUGCCACACAUGUUGGGUGGUGGUGAUAUGCUGUUAGUAUUAUAUAGGCUUUGUUUGUUAUAUUGAAGAACUCUCUUUUAUGUUUUGAAUGAUGUCAACUUGAGAAUUGAAUUCAUUUUAUAACCCACAGAUUUCUUCUCUCA